CAACCUGAGCAACAACAAGCUGAGGGACAUCCGUGAAGGUGUGUUUGAUGGAGCAGGUGGAGUUUUGGAGCUGCUGCUGACGGGGAACAAGCUGACCGGGCUGCAGGGACGCAUGUUCAGAGGCCUCGGUGGCCUGAAAACCCUCAUGCUGCGGAGCAACCAGAUCAGCUGCAUUGACAACAGCACAUUCACGGGUCUGAGCUCGGUGCGUCUGCUGUCGCUGUACGACAACAGGAUCUCCAGUAUCGCCCCAGGAGCCUUCUCCACCCUGCACUCCCUGUCCACCAUCAACCUUCUGUCCAACCCGUAUAUGUGUGACUGUCACUUGGCCUGGCUGGGUCAGUGGCUGAAGAAGACCAGGGUGGUCAGUGGGAACCCUCGCUGCCAGAAGCCAGCCUUCCUCAAGGAGAUUCCCAUCCAGGACGUGGCCACCCCAGACUUCACUUGUGAUGGUGCUGAGGAUAAUGGUUGUCUUCCUGCGUCUGGUUGUCCUGACGUCUGCACGUGCUCAGACGGCGUGGUGCGAUGCAGCAACAGAGGGCUGCACUCUCUGCCCAAGGGCAUUCCCAAGGACACCACCGAGCUUUACCUGGAGGGUAAUAUGCUGACAUCUGUGCCCAAGGAGUUGGCAGCCCUGAAGCAGCUGUCGCUGGUGGACCUGAGCAACAACAGCAUCAGCACCUUGGCCCCGUACACCUUCAGCAACAUGACUCAGCUGGCCACACUCAUCCUGAGUUACAACCAGAUCCGCUGCAUCCCGGUCCAUGCCUUCGACGGGCUCAAGUCACUUCGCCUGCUGACUCUCCAUGGAAACGACCUUUCGACCAUCCCAGAAGGAGCGUUCAACCACCUGACCUCUCUCUCCCACCUGGCUCUCGGCGCAAACCCCCUGUACUGUAACUGUGACCUCCGCUGGCUUUCUCAGUGGGUCAAGGCCGGCUUUAAAGAGCCUGGCAUUGCUCGUUGUACUGGACCUCCUGACAUGGCUGACAGGCUGCUGCUCACCACACCACUCAACAGAUUUCAGUGUAAAGGUCCGGUGGAUAUCAGCCUGAUGUCGAAGUGCACCCCCUGCCUGGCAGCACCCUGCCAAAACAAUGGUACCUGUGUGUCUGAUGCUGUUGGAUCUUACCGCUGCACCUGUCCAUAUGGAUUCAAGGGUCAAGACUGUGAAGUUCCCAUCAACGCCUGUAUUAGCUUUCCCUGUUCUAAUGGAGGAACCUGCCACAUCCAGCCGGGCCAAGAAGACCACUUCAGCUGUGUGUGUCCGCCAGGGUUCGAGGGCCAGCGUUGUGAGAUAAACCCAGAUGACUGUGAAGACAAUGACUGUGAGAACAACUCCACCUGCAUCGACGGAGUCAACAACUACACCUGCGUCUGUCCGCCCAACUACACAGGCCAAGCUUGUCACCCACACACUCAGUAAUCCUUGUCCUGGUUUCCAUUUCGCUGUAGGUGCGAGUGUUUACCAGGCUAUGUGGGCCAACACUGUGAGCAGGACUAUAAUGACUGUCUGGAGAACAAGUGUCAACACGGAGCAGAGUGUGUGGACGCUGUCAAUGGCUAUACCUGCGUCUGUAAAGAGGGUUUCAGCGGGCUGUUCUGCGAGAACCCUCCACCAAUGAUCUUGCUGCAGACGAGCCCCUGCGACCAAUCGGACUGCCAGAACGGCGCCCAGUGCCUGGUGGUUGCCGGGGAGCCCAUCUGCCGCUGCAUGCCUGGUUUCUACGGCAACAAAUGUGACAAGAUGGCCACCGUUCACUUCCUGGGUCGCGAUGGGUACGUGGAGCUGCCGAGCGCGAAGCUCCGACCGACUGCUCACAUUUCACUGCAGGUGGCUACAGAUAAAGACAACGGUAUUUUGUUGUACAAGGAGGACCACGACCCGUUGGCGUUGGAGCUUUAUCAGGGACACAUAAGGCUCAUUUAUGACAUCGCCAACUACCCGCCGACCACCGUCUACAGUGUUGAGUCGGUGAAUGACGGGCUUUUCCACACAGUUGAGCUGUUGAUUCAGAACCGCUCGCUGAGCUUGGUGGUGGACAACGGUGCCCCCAAGAGCUUGGGCAAGCUAGCACGCCAGCCGUCCGUCGACCACAACACCCAACUUUACAUUGGAGGUGUACCAUCCCAGGUGGUGGCCUCAGGUCUACGUCCGGGUCCUGAACGUUCCCCUCAGGCUUUUAAUGGCUGCAUUCACAAUGUCCGGAUCAACGGCGAAGCUCAAGACCUGAGUUACAGAUCCACAGGAGGACGGCCACAAGCGGUUGGAAGCAAGGCUGAUGGCAUUCUUGCCGGCUGUCAUUCCUGCAGCGUGUGUGCACAGGGUGCCUGCAGAGAGGGAGGGGAGACGGGGGUAACUUGUGAUUGUCCUCCAGGACGCAGCGGAGCCCUGUGUGACGAGAUGACAGCCACUAACCAGUGUCAGAACAGCAGAUGCGUUCACGGUCUCUGCGUGCCAAAGGGUCAGUCUUACAGCUGCCAGUGCAACGAGGGCUAUCAGGGUCAGUACUGUGACCGACGGCAGGAGCCUCCAGCCUGCAGGGGGCACCGCUGCGGACGUGGGGAGUGUCGCGUGUCCGAAGACGGAGGGCCGGUCUGCCUCUGUCAGCCAGGAUACACCGGACCCACCUGCGACACAGAGCUCACCUGUCAAGGAGAAAUGGUGAGAGAGCAGCUGAGGCGCCACCAAGCCAUGAGAACAUGCACAUCCACCAGCAAGGUCCCCCGCAUGGAUUGUCCCAGAUCCUGCCAGGCUUCAGCGCCCCCUGGUGUCUGCUGCGGCAUCACCAAGAGCAGACGGAGAAAGGUGGUUUUCCGUUGCACUGACGGCACCUCGUACUCAGAGGAGAUGGAAACCGCUCUGGAAUGUGGCUGCUCCAAAUGCCCAUUGUAACAGUACAGCAGUUUGUCUGUUUGUUUUGCAACACCCACCGCUGCCAUUUUGUGAAUUCUGCACGUCAACGAGGCUGUCGCUCUCCCACGUUGAUGACCACCAGCAAUACGUGAUUUUUUUUUUUUUUUUUUUUCUUUUUGAAAUUUCCACAUCUUGUUCGACCGCUGCCAAUUUUGCUGCCAAGAGAAACUACAUACAAAAACAACAAUGGGACAUGUGUGCGUGUUUUUUGACAGAGAGAAAAUAUAUUGUAAGAUAUAAGUGAGAAAAAACAUAGAACUUAUUUUUAUUAUGGAUUUUGUUUUCUAAAAGAUGAUAAAAGGACUGAUGAAUUGUUUUUUAAUAUGUUGAUUAUAUAAUGUGUUACAUAGUAUAAAAAAAAAGUUAUUUUGUACCUUGUAAGAAGAAGAAGUACACAGCAAAAUAGAUUAACAUUCCUUAAAAGUAUAUGAAUUUAUAUGUAUGUAUAAAUCUAUAUAAAUAUUUACCCUAACCCAAUGAAUUUUAUAUCUUCUAAGUGUAUUUGCAUGAUGUUAAUGUGAGUGUCGACGUGUGGGAGGCUUUGGACACUGAGAGAAGAGAGCUGAGAAAGAGGAGCUCCGUUUCACAUUCCACAACAAGGAAAAGGUGGCAGUCUUUUGUUGCCCUCUCUGUUGGAGGCUAAAAGGGAACUGUAUGUGCCUAGCUAACCUGCUUCACUAUAUAAUGGACAUCAUCCUCACAUGUGAGUUCACAUAAAAGACUCUUUCCACAGAGAUGCUUUAACAGUUUGUUAAUAUUGUGAUAUUCUCUAGUUUGCUGUUGCACGCCAGACUUGGAGCCACAUGACGUUUGACACGAGAACCUGAAAGACAUCUGCUAUUCAUUAGGAGUUUAUCAUAAAUCAGGAACUCCCGUUCAAAUAAAGAACAGUGAAAAUCAUACUGUACAUUCAGCAUUAGGCUGACUCCGCAUCCCUGAUGAGCCUUGAGAGCUCAUAACAUAGGCCCAGGAGAAAAUAGGAAGACAUCUGUAAUCGCACCACCCAUUCACAUAACUACUUGCUCGGUGUAGCUGGUUGUGAUCAGCGGUGUUCCCUGUUUCACCUCUAGCCAACAGUGAUGCCGCAGCGUACUGACACAUCCUGCAGUACACUCGUACAUCACUGGAGCAAGGUGAGGUGUUCAACUACUGGAGAAAAAAACAGCAAAUACAACAUUUUCAACUGCUUAAGUUGCUCUUUCAGUGGCUGCUCAACAAGAUGACUUUCUGACUGGGCAAGAAAGCUGUUUGAAUACAGUCACACCAAAGUCGUCUGCAUUUGCCUUAAUGGAUAAGUUGAGUUAUACAAGUUCAGUGUGUGCUUUUUUAGAAAUUCAAAAGUGAUGCUGCAAUAUAAUUAUCAUUUCAACAGCUGCUACUGACUGAUUGGUCAUUUCGGAUGAGUAUAUAGUUAUUGUUGUGUCACAUGUGGCAAGUGACUCCUUGAAAACACAAUCCAGAUUCUGUGGUGGCCUUCUGUAGUUCCUAAAGGAAACAACGCUCAAAUAAAACUCCUAUCUCCUCAUCAGAUUCUGUUUCAAGGCCCUAUGAAACACAGUAUUGAUGCAUUCGCUGUGGUAUAAGGUUUUCUUUUUAAAUGUAGCUCUAUCAUUUUUGGUGAAUCGUGAUGUGCAUUAAGGUGCAAAGGAAAGGAAUCCAUGAGGCACGUACUUCAAAACUGUUAAAAGGUGAAGCUUUUGAACGAGUUGGUAAUGUUGAAAUGUCAUUGACAGUGCGGGGUGGAGGGUAAAAAGUGCCUUUCAGUUGUUGACCAAAAGACAAAGUGCUCCAGUCUGAUCACAGCAAACCUCCACAGCAACGAUUCAGCUGCCACGUAUCUUCUGUAACUGUGUCAGAAUCCGAUUUCAAGCAAGAAACUACAACACAGCUGAAGAAAACUUCAACACCAGCGCAGUUCCUCACUGCCCAUAGCUGACUAACACAAUUAAAAGUAUAGCAAAAGAAUAUGAUGUAACUACUACUGUACUGUUUACUUUAUACAUUGUUGCUUUGUUUACAACAGAUUCAAAGUAUUGCCACAUGUUUGCAGUUCAUUUACAGCUAUGUUAUCUAGGUUUGCAACAUAUCAGUGUUAUCCUUGUCUGUUAACAUUACACUUGUGUUUCUUCUACCUGAUCCUUGGCCUCGCUUCUUUUCUACGCACCUUCUCCAUCCUGUUCCUGCUUCACUCACGUACUUUUCCUCACGUCAUGCCCAUGAUGUCGCUUCAAUUCCUUCCACCCAUUCAUUUCUCGUUCUAAUUCUUUGCCUCUUCCCAUUAUCACAACACAUCAAACCUUUACCUGCUACCCCCCCUUAACUUUCUCUCUUCACACCCUCUUGUCCUCAUCCUAAAUGGUUUAGUUCUUCAUUGUGAGCAGAAUAAAACACCUCAGUUAUUAGUUAUUGACAAAAAAAAAUAACUGUAAAGUCAGUCACUUCCAUUGUAUAGGUCCUAGGUUUGAAAAAAAAAAUAAAACAUGAUUAUGUGAGUGAUGAUAAUUGAUACUUAUGUUGAAUGUUAAAAUUAAACUACCAUUGAAACUGUAA